AUGGGAUACGGUGAUGGCAACUUUUCCAACGGAAAAAUAUAUUCAACAGGAGUUAACACGCGCCCUGUGCCAGUUACAGUAGGUGAUGUCAACAACGACAAUCAUACAGAUAUUGCCAUAGCUAAUUCAAAAAGUAAUACCAUUGGCAUUCUUGCUGUACAAGGUAAUGGAAGUUUCAUGAGUAUAGUUCCAUAUAUUAUUGAAUCUGAUUCUCGUCCAUCUUCGAUUACUACUAGUGAUUUCAAUAACGACAAUCAACUUGAUAUGGCUAUUACCGAUUCUGUUGGCAAUAAAGUAUUUGUAAUUUUUGGCAUGAGUAAUGGAAGUUUCGUGCUAGAUUCAGAGCUUGACUUUGAUUUUCGAUCUGUACCAAGUGCUUUUUUGUUUCUGGUAAUUUUAAUAGAGAUCAUUUCAUGA